GGCGAGACUUGUCGGAUAGAAGGUACAUCGUGAGGUACAUGCGGCCGGCACAGUCUCUUAGCAGACGUCGGGCCAAACGCACCGGGCGCGUUCUUCUGCCGCCGCCGUCUCCGUCGUCUGAACUGCACGACGUUCGAUCAAAAAAACUACGUAAUAAACUGUAAACUAAUCGUGCUGGAAGAUGGCUUACUGGUGGUUACUGCAGUCGGCAAUGUGGUAUACCACUAUUAUGGUUCUGGCUAAUCCUCUGAUGCCUACCUUAAUCUUUGAGGUUUUGCCCAAGUUGCCGUUGCUCAUCAUUCGCCGUUUAGGUACCAUUCCUAUUGAAUCUAUUUAAUGGAAAACAAAUCACUUAUUUAGAGUCUCGUCGAAAUCAUGAGUUCAACACAAACAAACAGUGGCAGGAAAUUGACCCGACGGCCUUCUGACUAGUUUGUAUCUGUAUGGACUAAACUGCAGUCUAACCGAACAGUGUCCGAUCGACGUCCAACACAGCCCGAAUACAAUUAUGAAUAUUAAGGUGGUCGCCGCGUUCGAGUCGGCCGGAUCUCGCCACACCGCCGCUGCCGCUGUGAUCGUCGUCGCAACAGUUAUGUUUGCGGCCCAAUUGGCGGCCGCGCAACAAGUGGUGCAACAAGUGGCGCUGAAAGCUGGCCGCUUGCCGCGCGUCUACAACGCCCUGAUCACCACUGACCAGCGUCUGUUGCCUAGUCAAGCGGAACCGAUCGUCACGCCCGUAUUCCGUCCGUUCCAGUUUCUCUACGAAUGGCCCGAAAUGAGGUACGCGGCCGUGGAGCCGUAUCCAUCGUCGCGGUCGGCCGUGGAGGUGUCUGGUGCCGAAGACGAGUCUCGAUCUGUCGCUGCGGUUGUGGAGAACAACAGGCCCGUGGACUCUACGGUUGUGAAGAACAACAGGCCGGCAGACUCUUCGGUACCGGACGUACCGCCGCCGCCGCUUCCGGUCGCCCGCGCCCCAGACGCCGCCGUCAAAAAGAGACCGGAAGAGUAUCCGCCCGCGCCAGGCGGUUUCGCUAUUUGAACACCCAUGUCCCUUCACUUCUACUAGCCUCAAUCAUCCACCGCCGCAAAGGGUUUUUAGUUGACGAGACACAGUCCUUAGCGCCCGUCAUGCGGUUUUCUACCGCUGUCGUACAGUCGUGUGACAAAAUAAUAUAAUAUAUAAUAUUAUCGCGUUAGGUUUUCUGUUCGGUUCAGUAGCAUAUUGUUAUAAUUGUAUCCUGUAUAUGUUUGGAUAUUUUAUAGCCCGCGCUUUUCCGUAUCUCUCCUCCGAAUUUUGGUCAAUUUUAAUCGUUUUCCGUCGUCGACAAUUUUUAUACAAACUCGCGUUCAUUAUUUUAUUUAUAUACUAAUAAUAUGUACAUAUGUAUAACUUAUACCUAUGACGUUAUUCAAAAGUUUUUAACACGUCAUAUUAUUCUUAUGUUUAACUUACGAAUUAUGUAACAUACGUAAUCGGGGAAUGUAUAAUCAAAAUUAUUUUAGUCAUUUUUACCUGAAUUUUAUGUUAUUUUUGUUGAUAGAAAUCGUCUUAUUUAGAUUUAAGUAGCUACUAUAACCGUACAAAAAUCUAUAAUAUUGUGUGAAAAUAUACAUUAAUAAUUAUAAUUAAUAUAAAACCUUUAAAGUUAAUAAUAAUGCAUUAAGUUAUAGGUACCUAUUUAAUUUGUUCAGUGACAUUAUUAAGUAUUACUUGUCACUUGAUGCCCGAUGAUAAAUAUAUUUUUCUCUAAGGAGAUUUCUAAGUAUUUAUAUAGAUAAAAAAGAUACAAUUUUGAAAUGUUUAUAGUUUACAUUCAAUUGUUUCAACAUAUCAAAUAACUAUAUAUCUUUAUUUAAAAAUUGUACAACUAUUAUUUAGUAUUAUUUUUAGGGUUACUUACUUUAUUAUACUAAAUUAUACAACAUAUAAUAAAUAUAACUAAAUAAAUAUUGUUGCUCAAGAAAUGUAUAUGACUCUCAAAAAAUUAUAAGUACCUACUUAUUAGUAAUUUCUAUUGUUUGACUUUACGCUCGAUUUUUUUGAGUAGUUUUUGCCUACCGAGUGUUCCGAUGUGGCACUAAGUACUAUACGUUAUCGUCUUACCGAGUGGAUUUUUUUUUAAUUUUAAAUAUUUUUUAUUACACAAUUUGAUCAAAUAAGAAGAAGAAUAUGAUGAUCGAAAAGAAACGUGUUUCACAAAAUAAAAAUCUUCCGGUAGAGGAAUUUCGAUUUA